AUGUCCAGCUGUAGGACAACUAUUGUGUCCAUUCUGAAUAAUGAUGAUAACCCAUCUUUCGCGGUCCGUUCCGCGCCCCGACUUAGUCGGUCUCAGUCAUCAUAUUAUCCACAUUCAGAGCAACUACCCCCGCCCGAACCACAGCACCGUCCCCAGGCAUCAUCCGAAUCACCAGCAACAUCACCCCGAGGGACCAGGCGUCACUUGGAGGCGGUGACUGAAGUCGUCCCCGUGUCCCCCGGGUCAUCGGAUGGCUCGACUUACGACUAUAUCACCAGCCAGCCAUCAGCUUAUCACCCGUAUGCCCGACAGGAUCCACGACGGGACCCGUACCGAUUCCCAGGUCGUGGCCCAGCUCGAACGCCACCUGAGACACGCUCGAGCACAUCCGAAACGGCGUCGUCUCAGACCGGAGCGACGCGUGGCACGGGACGAAAGAACAAGUACCCAUGUCCUUAUGCCGCGAGCCAUGGGUGCGCUGCAACAUUUACGACUUCCGGCCAUGCGGCGCGCCAUGGCAAAAAGCACACGGGUGAAAAGAGUGUGCAUUGUCCCAUCUGUAACAAAGCCUUUACGAGGAAAGACAAUAUGAAACAGCAUAUCCGGACCCACCGCACGCACUCGGAUGAUAUGCGCUCUACUUCGGAGCCGGAGGCUGAUGCUCGCUGGGCGAUGGCUCGUCCCGACUCGGCAUACGCUUCGGCUUCCCACCAGCGCAAUAUCAGUCAACCCAUAGAGACGGCUGUACGGCCUCCCCCAGGGCCUGCUCCACAGGCGCCUUAA